CAGAGAAAUAGAGGUGACAGCACGUCAUAACCCUGCUUCCCGAGGAGGUCCUGGGUAGGAGGGAGGCUCCACUUGCUCCUCUCACACCGGGCAGCGCAGAGGCGCCACCUCGGACACCCAGCGAACCGUCUGAUCCAAGGACGGCAGCAAAUCGGCUUCUCCAGCCCACAAGCCUGUGCGUCUCACGCUUUAUUUACUGUCGAGUGUCAGGAGCAAAGCUCACGUUAUCUUCCGGGCGUCCGCUGCUCGAAAGCGCGUUUUGCCAUGCAGAUAUGGAUGAAGUUGAUGCUGUUGUACAGCUGUUGUUGUUUGGGAGCAAGUGCGGACUUUGGCGGCAGGUGGCCAAGGCCGAUGGUCUCCUCGACGGGUCUCUGUCGUUACGGGGCCAGAAUCGACUGCUGCUGGGGCUGGACACGCCGCUCCUGGGGCCAGUGUCAACCCCUCUGUCGGCAUGGCUGUAAGCAUGGGGAAUGUGUCGGACCAGACCAAUGCAGGUGCCAUGCGGGGUACGCUGGGAAGGUCUGCAACCAAGACCUGAAUGAAUGCGGACUGAAACCUCGGCCCUGCAAACACCGGUGCAUGAAUACCAUGGGCAGCUACAAAUGCUACUGUGCGUAUGGAUACGUCAUGAUGUCCGACGGCACCUGCCGAAAUGCUGGGAGCUGCGCCAUGGCCAACUGCCAGUAUGGCUGUGAGGUGCUGAAGGGGGAGGUACACUGCCAGUGCCCAUCGCCAGGGUUACGGCUAGGCCCUGAUGGCAGGACCUGCGUGGAUGUGGAUGAGUGCUCAAUGCGGCCUGCUGUCUGCCCCAAGCUGCGCCGGUGCGUCAACACCUUCGGGAGCUUCCUUUGCAAGUGCCAUGUCGGCCUGGAGCUGCACUACGUCAGCGGGAAGUUCCAGUGCAUCGCUACUCCAAAGGUGAUCAUCAUGCCAACGAAAAGAACAUCUGCUACCAUGGCAACAGUGCCACCCGGAGGACGUGUCCCGGUUCCCCUCCACCCCUCCUCAGUCUCGACUCCCCAUCCUACGGCUCCGCCCCACACUCCUACGGGUCUCUCCUCAGUGCUCCAUCAGCAUCUCCCAGCCCCUAAACCAGAGGCCUCCACCUUAGAGAAUGAGAUUCUGGAAGACAAUCCUCAGCAGAUGCCUCAGCAGGAAGUCCCCCAGAAUAAGAUCCCUCAGAAUGAGAUCACCCAGAAGGAGAUCCUGCAGGAGGAGAUCACUGAGGAGACCCAUCAGAAAGAGAUCCCUGAAAAGGAGGUCACCCAGAAAGAGAUCCCAAAGGGGGAGAUCACUGAGAAGGAGAUCCCUCAGAAAGUGAUCGUUCAGAAGGAGAUCCUUCAGAAGCAGAGGGGUGAUGUGCACAUUCCACGCAGUCAUGGGCAGGAGAGCAUCUCAGAUUUUGACGUUGAGCUGGGAAACACUGCAGAGGAUCUGCACGCAGACUCAGAUCCUCUUGAAGAUGCAGGACUCCUAAGCUGCAGCUUUGAUAACGGCCCGUGUCACUGGAUUAGAGACGGGGAAGGAGAGACACGUUGGGAAACAGCGGGAGACCCCGCAGGUGGCACCUUUUUGACCAUCUCAGCGACGGCAUCCAAGCGGACUGGCCGGGAGGCUCGGCUGCUACUCCUGCUGGCCACUCCGUGGAACGCAGGUGACUCCUGCCUCUCCUUCCGGCACAAGCUGACGGGACAUCGGGUCGGUGGGCUACAGCUCUUCACCGGAAUGGGCGAGCAGACAGGCCGGGCCCUGUGGAGCCGUACUGGGGGCCAGGGCUGGAGGAGCACACAGGUCACAUUGUGGGGCGGCGGCUUCAAGAGUGUGACACUGAAGGGCGAGCGCCGGCACGGCCAGAGCGGGGAGAUUGCCGUCGACGACAUCAGCCUAAGGACCGGCCCCUGCGCUGAGGAGCGCCGGCCACAGAGGCCUUAACUUCCGUGGGGGGCGGGGUUGUGCUCUGGGGAGGCAGUCCAGCUCCACCAGCCCAAAGAGCGGUGCACCGAACGGACACAGGAUGGAAUAAACUGGAACGUUUCUCAAAAUGGAGAAGCAGUAAGUGUGUGAAGGUUCAGUGCCCCCUAGUGUGCAUGUGUCCCCAUGCAUGACAGAGAAGCCACACUCUUCAAAGACAGAAUGCACCACGACGGAGUGGGAAAAGGACGCCCACAGAUGUUUGUGGCUUGAGCCCGUGGGACGUGCAGAUGGCAGUGAAGAUCAGUGAUGCUCAGUGAUGUCACCAGCAUCACUGAUGACACGCGGAUCUGCUGCCUGGUACCAUGACAGGCUCUGCAGCCGUUCUAUGACGAAUGAACCAUAACUAGCCCAAAUUUAAUCCCAAACACACCUGAACUGACGAGUUCCACAACAGGUGGAACCAUCGGAGCAGAUCACACGACCAAACAGCAUCACAGCUGUGGAUUUUACAUUUAACUCUCAGUUUUUAAAAAUCAUUUUUUAUUUUUUAAGGACUCUUGUAGAGAUUCUACAAAGCGAUUCCAGUACAUGAUCCUCUGUUUUUAUGAAAAUGUAAUCUAAAUGAAACUGCUCUAUGCAGUAUUAUAACUGUACCUGGAGACUGUAGCCGAUCUACAUAAUUAACAUAUUAAAGGACCGGCUUGAAC